ACUGCUGACUGCAAAGAUGAUCCGAAUGUCAACUGUGCUAAAUAUCUACCACAAUGUUCAGACGAGCUUUAUGACGAAUUAAUGAGAAGAUACUGCCCGAAAACCUGUAAUAAAUGUGGACCAUAUGUGCCACCCUGCCGCGACGCCUCAAACAACUGCGAGGCGUGGAAACAAAAUGGAUUCUGCGAAAGUACGUUCUACACGCAAGAUGUGAAGAAAGAGUACUGUGAAAAGACAUGCGGAUUCUGUUAG